CUGCAAGCAGUUUCAGAAGACGAAACCUGUAAAAGAACUCCUCGCGAAACUUCUUACUCCAUUAAAUCACUUCACCAACUCCAUCAAUCUCAUAGAGAGAGAGAGAGAGAGAGAGAGAGAGAGAGGGUUUGGAGAAGAAGAAGACGGAACACUGUUCAAUUGACUGAGAAUUUGGGAUUGGGAAAAGAAUGGCGGCUGUAGAUAUAGAGAGCAGAGGAGGAGGACCGGAGAAGAACGUCUCGAGGAGCAGCAACAAUUACUCCUCCUCCUCGUCGUUCGUGGUCGACGAUAGCGACGCGCAGUGGACCUCGUGGUUGAUGCCGAUGUUCGUGGUCGCCAACAUCGCGGUGUUCGUCGUGAUGAUGUACGUGAACGACUGUCCCAAGCACCACCGGACUGGUGGCUGCGUCGCCAAGUUCCUCGGGAGGUUCUCGUUCGAGCCUCUCAGGCUGAAUCCUCUCUUCGGCCCUUCUAAUCCCACAUUGGAUAAACUUGGAGCUCUUGACUGGGAGAAAGUUGUGCAUCGGCAUCAAGGAUGGAGGCUUGUCACCUGCAUCUGGUUGCAUGCUGGUGUCAUUCAUGUCGCGGUGAACAUGUUGUGCCUGAUACUCAUAGGAGUCCGCCUGGAGCAGCAGUUUGGGUUUGUGCGCAUCGGAAUUAUUUUUCUCUUAUCAGGUUUUGGCGGAAGUGUGCUUUCUGCUUUGUUUAUUCAACAUAUCGUAACCGUUGGUGCCUCUGGUGCUCUUUUUGGGCUGCUUGGAGCUAUGCUUUCGGAACUUCUUACCAACUGGAGUCUUUACACAAAUAAGGCUGCAGCUCUGGUCACUCUGGCAUUCGUGAUUGCUGUUAACCUUGCUAUUGGGAUUUUGCCACAUGUCAAUAAUUUUGCUCAUAUUGGUGGCUUCUUGACGGGGUUCCUUCUUGGCUUUAUUUUGCUUCCCCGUCCUCAAUUAGCAUGGUUAGACCAUCGCAAUCUUCCAGCUGACGUUCCUGUCAAAUCCAAGUACAAAGCCUAUCAAUAUGUGUUCUGGCUAGCUUCCCUGCUGCUGCUACUUGCAGGAUUUACUGUAGCGCUGGUGAUGCUAUUUCGAGGAAAGAAUGGCAAUGACCAUUGCCACUGGUGUCACUAUCUGAGCUGCGUACCCACCAAUAGCUGGAGUUGUGAUGGAAAUUAAAACCCCCGAGGGAGAUGGUCGCUCUCGAUAUGUUUGUACAUCGGGCAUUUUUAUUCGAGGGCAGUUCGACUUUGCUUAAUAGUUCACACGACCUAUUGAAAAAAGUAACAGGUAGUAUGUAUAUGUGACCGGUGUUGCUCUCUAGUGGGACUGUACAUGCAGGAUUAUAUUCCUUGUGCAAUAUUCUGUAUAUCUUGCCAUACUUACCGGCACAGACUGCUUAGUUGAGCUCAAUGCAGUUUCUUAAUUUUUAUGUAA